AUGGCUCGAAAUGCUGAAAAGGCAAUGACAGCAUUGGCCAGAUGGCGGCGAAUGAAGGAGGAAGAGGAGAAAGGCCCAGUUGCGAAGCGCCCAAAUGAUGUAUAUGAAUGCACAGUUUUAAAUGACGCUGAGCGAUAUCGCAAACAAGUGACGAUGGAGAUCGCAAAGAAAAUUGCUUUAAUACAAAACCCCGGAUUGGGUGAAUUCAAAAUUCGGGAUUUAAACGAUGAAAUCAACAAACUGUUGCGUCUGAAAUAUGCUUGGGAGACGAGGAUCAAAGAGCUCGGUGGCCCAGAUUACAGAAGAAUUGGUCCCAAAGAACUGGAUCGAGAAGGGCGUGAAGUAGCCGGAAACAAAGGUUACAAAUAUUUUGGAGCAGCGAAAGAUUUGCCUGGAGUUCGGGAGCUUUUCGAGAAAGCCGAAAUUGUUGAACCACGAAAGAAUCGUACCGAGCUGAUCAAAUUUGUUGACGCUGAUUAUUACGGUUACAUGGAUGACGAUGACGGUUUGCUGGUACCACUGGAGAUGGAUGCUGAAGCGAAAGCUCGUUUGCAGGCCGAAAAGGUUUGGAAUAUUUCGUGUCAUGCAAUGCUGUUUUAUAUUAACCAAUGGUAA